CCUCAAUUUAAAACAAUGCAUUUAGGAUUACUGUCCCAGGAGCGAUUGUCAUUUGAUCCCAUUAAACCUUUAAUUUUACGUGGACCACCUACUGAAGACGCUUCGUCAGUGUUUACUGGAAGCGUUGUAUUGUCUUUAGCGAAAGCCACUCGGAUCACUAGUAUCACUGUUACUUUCAAAUCAACCGCCACCACCUAUUGGCCUGAAGGCAUUGGUGCACGUGGCACACGUUUGACACAUGAAAAGAUCUUGUCUGAAGAAAGUGUACAAAUCAUGGAAUCCAAAAAGAACGACUAUAUUAAGCUGUCCUCUGGCAUUCACCGCUUUCCAUUUGCAUUUAUUGUGCCCAAUUCUAUUGUGGAGACAAUUGAAGAUGUGUACGGUCGAGUGCGACAUAUGGUGGAUGCGAGAGUGAUCGGACCUGGUAUUCAGAUCCUAAAUAAUUGGCAUAUAUCAAAACCAGUCCUUGUAUUACGUGCUUACAUGUCAGAUUCACUGCUCACAAAUAAUUCGUUGCAAGACCUGUCUCGUACCUAUGAAAAACAUUUACCCGCCGCUGAUAUUCAAAUGGUAGUGGAACGUGCCGUCCUUUCCUCGGGAGAUCUCUUCUUUUUAAGGUUGAUUAUACAACCACAGCGUAAACGGGUCCGCCUAGAACAUAUGGAAUUAACCAUCACCGAGAACAGAAGAUACCAUGUGGCGGAAGUAAGAGCCAAUCGUAAAGACUCGGAACAAUUCCCAUUGCAUUUUUUACAGUCAAUCAAACUUACGGAAGAUGAUACCUCUGCUGCUGCUAAUGAUGCUGCUGCUCCCCAACAAGAAACGGGUGAUUUAAGAGGUGUCUUUCAAAAGAAUGGUAAAGGAUUCGAUCUAACAGACACAAUAGCUUACCGCAUCACAUUUGCAACACCUACUUGUAUGCGAAAUAUUCAUCAUACCACCUAUUACAAGGAUAUCAUGUUCAAACAUCAUUUGAGCAUUAAUAUGACCAUAUCUUUUGUGGAUGAUUCUCCAGUCUUAAAUGAUAGACCCUCCCUUAGUUCUAAUAGCAGUAGUACAAGUGAAAAUAGUGUAACCGCCAUUGAAGAAGAAGCAACCAGAGCCAUGUUUGCAUUAGCUCCACCUCCUGCUGCUUUUUCAAUGACCUCCACCAACACAAACACACAUAUUCGAUCUCAAUCACCCUCGGUAUGGCCCAAAAUACGAAAAGUAGCAGCCGCAGCGGUCUCCAAUACUACUAUUGAGAAACCCAAAGUGAUGCGUAAGCGAGAAACGAUUCGACUAGAGACACCAGUAACAAUAUUUGAUUGUCGACUCAAGGAAGAUUAUGGACGACUACCUUCCUAUUCCGAACUGAAUGUGACAGCUCAUCCAACACAUGGUGAUGAUAAAAAUAAAAUGUUACCUGAUCUAGUCGACAGAGAUUUCAUGUUACAGUGUAUGCCAGACUCCGAUGAACAAAUGCCUUCGUCAGAACCUCAACCACAAUUAUGCCCUUGUUACUUUAAAUUUCGAAGACAAAUGGAAAUGGCAUCACAAGCACAACUAUUGAUGGCAAAUAACACGGCUUCAUUAGAAAGAAUACCUUCGAUUCCACCACCAGACUAUGUAGAGAAUCAAAUAUACCCCAGUUGUUAAUAUAAACCAAGACCAGUGGCGAUUGACAUAUAUAACUCCAUCCCCCCCCCUCCCUUCAU